AUGAAAAGGUAUGUACCGGUGUAAAGUGCAGAUGAAGAUUCUAUUAGAUAGCCUUAAGCUGUCAAGCAGUUAGAUAUCUAUGAUAAAAUCGAGUAAUGGGGAGAGUGGCUAUGGGUUAAAGCCUAAGCUGUGAUGUGGAUUUCAGCAGCCACUGGAAUAGUUUAUUAUUCAAACUUUUUUAAAUAAUUGUUUCACAAUCAAAAUAUCAAUGAGUAAUCAACAACAAUCAAAUUAGAUUAUUUCUCACAUUUGCAUUAUUAUUUAUUGGCAUGAGCAUAAGUUUAUCAUUAUAUGUUGCAUUUUAUUUGCCUUUCAUAAAAGGUGUGACUGAGGAUAUCGAAACCUAUAAUCCAAAAGCUAUACAAUUAGGUGCCUUUGCUGGAUUUAUGAGCUUCAUAACGUAUAUAGAUGUUGCUUAUGCUUAUUAGUCUAACAAUCGCUAUAUGGCCUGUGUUCGGAUGGUGGAGUUUCCCUAUGUUAUUUGCAAUGUUAUUGGGCUUCAUUAACACAGGACACUUCUUGCCAAAUCAUUAGCUAAGUGGUGUCCUUUUUGGAGCAAUUUUUAUUGGAGCCUUCUUCUCACAUUAUUAUAUUGAUCAUGAUGGUUAUAUGCAUUGA